AAAUACUUGCCAACAUUUAAGAUGAUGUUACUCAAAAAGAAGAAAAACAAAACAAAACCAAGAAAAAAACUUGGAUAAAAUCUCCUCAAAAAAGGUUUUAACAAACAAACAAAAACAAACAUUUUCAUUAUCAAUUAAAUCAAUGAAUUGGAUAGUUUAUUUGAACCAAACCUUUUUACUAACCAAAGAUAAUCUCGUUUAAUGGAACUUUGUCAUUACAUAUAUAGUGAAUAAGAAUGUCUUUAGUUUAUUUAUUAUUUCAAAGGACAGUACCAAAAAUAAUAUUUGAUUGAAUAAAUACAACUUUCCGUGUACUUAACUAUGAAUCAUACUUAAAGUCCAAAGAAACUAGUGACAUUAGCCAAAAUGAUAUAAAUGGAGAUUAGAUCGAAACUGGUUAUCGUUUUGUUUUAGCGAGUUAGUUUCCUACAGGAUGGGGUCGCUAACCUCGUAUCCAACUCUCCUCAAUUAUCAGAGCUUGGAACUGGCAAUAGCUCAAGAAGUGCUCCAGGAGGAGAAUAUUGGUUGGCAGCCUAUGCUGCAUUGGGAGUAACAGGAGUAAGUAAUAAUUCAGACACUGGAAUUUGGAUAUUUUCAAGGAACCAUUAAUCCAUCCAUUAUAAUUGAUUGUAAACAAUAAACAAUAACAAUAGCAGUUUAUUCAGAUAAUGAUGACUUUAAUAUAUCAAUAUCUAAUUCUAAUUAUUCAGUUUAGAAUAGGAUUAACUGUGUAUAGAAAUGAAAUAGAUCCUAAAAAGAAUAUGAUCAAACCUAUCAUAACUCAUUCACCAUCAGAUGUAUUUUCAACAGAUAGUAUACUUGAAUUCACAUGUCAAGCUACCGGUUAUCCAAAACCUAAUAUUGUAUGGUAUGAUGCAAUUAAUGGUAAACAAGUUAUUGAUGAAGUACCAAGUAGUGGAACAACAUCUGGUAUACAUGUUAAUCAACAUUAUGGUAAACUUUUAAUUUCUAAUCCUGAAAGAGGUAAAUUAUAUUCAUUUUAUUGUAAUGCUUCAAAUUCAGCUGGAUGGACAAUAAGUCAACCACCAGUACGUGGUGGUAUAAUUUAUAUAAGUUCUCAAUUUAAACAAAUACCAGUGGAUAAAACUGUUCAUGAAGGUGAUAAGGUUGUAAUGGAAUGUAUACCUCCAAUAGGAUUACCUGAAGUUAAGGUUUAUUGGUUAAAAAAUAAUAAUUUGAUUUCUGCACAAAAUGGAGUAAAACCUAGGAAUAAUAUCUCUGUGAUAAAUGAAUUUAAGUCUAAUAUUGAAAUAUCAAUUGACGGAAGUUUGCAUAUAAAUCCUGUCACUAUUAAAGACAGUGGAACAUAUACUUGUGUGGCAUCUAAUAUCGCCGGUGAACAAGUUUCUCCUUCAGCCUAUCUAAUGGUUAAAUCACGUACUCGAUUUCUGGAAACACCUGUAGAUAUUAGGGUCAAGAAAGGACGUGAUAUAAAACUGAAAUGUAAAGUCCAAGGCAAUCAUGUUGUUAAAUGGAAACGAGGCCCUGGGGAAGAACCGAUAGAUCCGAAUCGGGCUGAAUUAACUGAAAGUUAUCUCCUUAUUAGAAACGCUCAGAUUUCAGACUCUGGUACAUAUAUUUGCACUGCUGCUGGAGGUAUUGAAGCUGAUGCCACGGUCAUAGUUGAUACACCACCAGCAUUUUCCGUCACACCAGAUGAUCUGACAGUUAACGAAGGAGAAACUGCAGUGUUUCAUUGUGUAGCUGCGGGGCAUCCAUUGCCAGCAAUUUAUUGGGAGCUUCCGGAUAAAACACCCAUUUUUCCCGGUGACCAAACAAUAAAUGAAUUUCAUAAUGGCAAACAUUAUUUAACUCCUGAAGGAAGUUUAGAAGUUAGAGAUGUCAGACAAAAAGAUUCUGGUAAAUACCAAUGCACAGCGCAUUCAUCUAUCGAUACAAUUCAUACGAGUGCAACAUUGCACGUCAUUAACCUGUCUAAGAAAAAGCUGGAUUCAUCGAAAGAUGUAUAUUCACUUUCUGAAAACGAACCAAGACAAUUUUCUCCAUCUAAUUUUCAUUGGCUGUCCCCUAUAAUAGGACUUCCACCUGCAAACCAAACACGAACUGUCGGUGAGAUAGUCACAUUGGAUUGCGAACUGGGAUUAACUAGAGGCCUGCCUGGAUCUUUGGCAUCAACACUGCCUUACUCAGACUUAUCUGACUGGUCUAUUGGAUGGUAUAGGUCUACGAAGGAUGGUGUAAAGGAAAAUAUAGACAUUUCAAACCCGCCUUAUGAUCAGCGUUACACUUUGCUUCCACGAGGUAGCCUUCAGAUAUCAAAUUUACGAACAGAAGAUUCUGGAAAUUAUACAUGCAUUGCAAGUGCAGUUAUCAAACCUUACUUAGAUGGUAGUUCGGUGUCAUUUACUUUACAAUCUAACUGGACCUCUUACUUAGAUGUUGUACCUGAAGGAUCACCGGCAACGGCAUCUAUUAGCAACGAAAGUCCUCUUCCUCCGCCAGAAAACCUAAAAGCUACUAAUGUGACGUCAUCGACUGUCAUACUAGUUUGGGAUCUACCAUUUCCCCCACUUCUCUCACAAGAAUUCACACAAGGUAACCCAAUGAAAUCUCACCAGAUUACCUACUGGGUUGAGCUCUAUAGACCUGAUAGACCAACAGAUGGAUGGAUAGUGGUUGAAAAAAAUUGGCACGCUCAUACUGUACAGUUAGGAGGAUUACAACCAGAAACUAUAUAUUAUUUUUUAAUUAGACCUCGUUGGAAUGCAGGAAGAGUAGGUUGGGCUAGCGCUCCUCUGGGUCCAGUUUUAACUCUAAAAGAACAAGUUGUAAGUCAUCAAGAGAGUCAAUUAUCGGACAGAGAAGCUUUGAAGUCCUUUAAAAAUGUUAACUUAAUACUACAACAUUUGUAUCCACUUUCACCUAAAAGGGUACGAGUUAGCUGGUCCAUUACAGAAGUUCUCCCUGUACUAUCAAUGGUAAAAGGUUAUUCUGUUUAUCAGAGAGAAGUCCCCUUGAUGCAGUGCAUUUCAAACAAACUGGAGGGUAUGUACUCAGAUGCAACUGGACUAACAACGAAGAGUGGAGAAAGAAUGUACUGUAGCAUAAAAUCUACCACUUCUAUAGAUUCACAUUCUCUGUUUCGUCUUGAAACAAUGCAAAAUCUACAACAAAAUUUUAAGAAUAAACAAGAAAAAGAAUUCAAUAACGCGACAUCGGACCCAUGGACGGUCAUUGAUAUCAAAGCUCAAUAUCAAAAAGAUAGGAAAUAUAGUGACAUUCACAACUCACUAACAAUCCAGGAAACUAGCCUUUUACGUGAUCUUGAAGCUUUUCGAUGUUAUGAAAUCAAAGUUAAAGCAUAUUCAUCUAACUCCUUGAUGGAAAAUAUUGAAAGUCGAGAAAGUAAUACUCUUAAAGUUUUAACUUUUGAAAGCUUCCCAAGUUCACCACCGGAUAGAAUAUUUGCUGUGUGGAUAUCUAACACAACCAUAGAACUCUCGUGGGAUCCACCGCCUGUCAUCAAUUGGAACGGAUUAUUAAUGGGUUAUAUAAUAUAUGUAUAUGACGAAGAUGCAAGUAACCAUCAAAGUUUCAAUUUAUCUUAUACUGAACAAAAGACAUUGAUUAAAGGAUUAACUGGAAAAACUAUAUAUUUUGUUCAAAUGGCUGCAGUUACAUGUAAAGGAAUUGGAGUACGAAGUGCACCUAUCCAAUUAAAACCUGAUUUACGCAAAAAAGGAUUAGGCGUUGGUUGGGGUUUUGAUGUACAAACUGGUAAACUUUUACAAUUUAUGAGUAUUGAAAGAAAAGAAAGUAAUGAUAAAGGGGCAGAUUUUCUAAAUCAACCAUGGCUUAUUGUGACAAUUAUAUGCAGUUUACUAGUAUGGUGUGCUACUGUUACUCUAAUAACAUUUUGUUGUAGACAUCAACGUUAUCGAUUCAGAAAAUCUGUUGGUACUGUACUCAUAGCUAAUAAUUCACAAUGUGGUUCAAUAGCUGAUGGAUCUAAUAAUACUUGUACAAGUAUAAAUAAUUCCAUGAUUGAAAAUAAACUUUCUAAGAGUUCACAUCAUUUACAAAAAGAUCAUGUUCAAUUGGAACCAUUAUUAAGAUCAGAAACACCUAAUAUAGAAAAUGAUAAUUGUUUAGAAACUGUGGAUAAAGUGAAAUAUAUGGGAUGGUGUCAAUAUCCUUCAACUACUCAAAAUCAAAAUUUACAUAACAUGACUAAUAAUUCUCAUAAUGAAUAUAAUAACAAAGAGUCUAAUGAUACUCAAUUCAAUUCAUUUAAUCCAACUCUUUUAGCAUUAACUCGUUCACCACAUCUAUCAAAUGAAACAAAUAAUGUUGGACUAUAUGCUACAGCAGAAAAUAUUACGAAUAAAAAUGUACAUAAUAAUCAUUCAAAUAGUCAAUCUAAUCAUCUUGUACUUCAAAGACCAAAUACAUUAAUUCAUUACUCAAAUGAUUGUACUUCACGUACAUCCUAUUUAAGUUAUCAAUCUCAUAUAAUUCCACAAUCACAAAUAAAUACUAAUAUUCCUUCUAAUGGAUAUAAUAAUAUAGAUCAAACAUUUUGUGCAGUUACACGAAUUGGUUUAACUAGUUUACCUUUAAUAGCACCAAUAGCACCAAUUAAUAGUUUACAACAUAUCAAUGAUACAAUAUCAUCUUCUCAUUCAAUAUAUGAUUGUAAUGAAAAUAUACCACAAUUGACUGUAGCACCUUAUGCAACUGUAUCUCUUAUUCAUAAUACAAUGAAUACUACUAAUAAUACAUCAACAAACAAUUGUCAUACAUCCACUUUUUAUACUAUAAACAAUGGAGUUUAUGAUGAUGAUGAUGAUAAUGAUAAUAUUGAUACACCUAGUGAAUUAACUUAUGAAUUUGAUGAAAGUUUAACACCUUCUAUAACUACAAAUAAUAAAAUCAAUUUAAAUAUUGAUUAUACAAAGUGUAAUUUACAACAAGCACAGUUACAAACUAAUCAAUCAUCAUAUACAAAUCAUACAAAUCCUUGUUGUCAAGCCAAUAAUAAUAAUAAUAAUAUGAAUAUGAAUAAUGAAGAAAAUGGUAAUAGAUCACAAUUUUCUUCAUUAGGACAACAUGAUGUAGUUGAUUUAUCACAAAGACAAGAUCUAAGAAAUAAAUCGAAUUCUGCAACAUCUAGUAGUUUAACAAAUGAUGAUGAAAAAUCUUAUAGAUGGAAGAAAAUAACAAGUGAUAUAGUAACAAAUGAAUUUGAUAAUAAUUUAAUUACAACUAGUUCAAAUCAUUUACCUAUGAGUAAUUAUUUAAAACAAAAUCAUUCAAAGAUGAUCAUGACAACAACAACGACAACAACAAUGGCAUCGACGACAAUAACAACAACAACAACCGUGGCAGGAACAACACAAUAUCAAAAUUCAUUUACAUCAAAAUGUGAAAAGAAUGAAGGAUACUUGUAUUGUUAUGAUGAUAAACAAAUAAUACCACCUCCACCAAAAUCCCCACCACCUCCAGCACCAAAAUAUAAUCAUGAUAUUUAUGAUCAUCAUCAUAAUAAUAAUAAUAAUAGUAUGAUGAAUUAUCAAUGUUCACCAAGGAAAACAGAUAAACCUCAUGAAUUACCAAUAGAAUAUUCAUCUUCAUCAUCUUUAUCAUCAAUAACACAUACAACACAUUCAACUAUACCAAACAUGAAUGAAAAGAAACAAAUUCCACAAUCUAAUCCAAUAAUAAUAACACCUAGUAAACAUAAUGAAACAGAAUAUCUAUUUAAUACAAAUCAUCAUAAUAAUGUACAAUUAAACAAUCCUAAAUCAUCUAUAAAUGAACAAAAUAUAUACUACUCAAAUUAUUGUAGUAGUGAUGAUGAUAGAGAAAAUCAUUAUAACGUUUCUAAUAAUUGUUCUAAUCAUCCACAUCCUCCUCCUCCUCCUCCUCAUCAUCAUCAUCAUCAUCAUCAACAACAACAACAACAACAAUAUCAAAAUCAAUCAUUGAAUACAUCAUUAUCAUUAGAUAAACAAUCAUUUAUACAAAGACCAAUAAUGCUGUUAAAUGAACAUGAAUUAACUAAUACUCCAUCAUCAACAUUUUGUAUAUCAUUAAGUCCAGAAGAGCAUUCUAGUUCAACUUAUGCUCAAGUAUAUUAA